AUGGUCCAUCAUACAUCACUUGUCGCCGUUGUUUUGGCAUUCUUUAUUCGAAACGCUUGGACAGCUCCAGCUGUAGCAUCCGUAUCUGAAAGCGCUGCAUCAAGCAGCAGCAACAUGGCACCUAUUCUUCAUCUUUCUCCAAACCAACUCAGCCAAUUCAAGCAUGCUGGUAUCGAUGACAUUUUCGACCCUGAUUUAAUUGCUCAAGUUGAGAACCAAGCCGAGAAGGUAGAAAUGACACCUGAGGAAAUUGCUGAACAGGAAGAGGCUACAGAACUACUGGUGGAUCAAAUGGACCAGCAAGCAGCAGCCGAAGAUGAUGAAGAAGAAGAACAAGAGGAAGAGCAGCCACAAGAGGAACAAGAGGAAGAGGAAACAGCCUCUGAAUUAGACAUGGAAGAGGAAGAGGAUGUUGCCGCUUAG